AGCUACCGACUGCCAUCCUGCAGCGAUUUCCGUGUCAUGGCUCCGGUCUCUUAGCAACAGCCACCGGUCCUGCCGCCCCGAGCCGCGCGCCGCCCGCCCCGGGCUCCACUCCACCCGGCGGAGCCCGGCGCGCCCGCCGCGGCCACACAAAGAGGCGCCGGCGGCGGGGCGGCGGGGCGGCGGCGGGGAAGGAGGCUCGCCGGCGGCAUGCGGCGGGAGGAGGACCUGACACUUCUUGGAAACUCUUGGAAAUGGCUCCCGCCCGGGCGCCCGAGCGGGCUGCGCGCCUGGGGCGGGCGCCGGCCCCCGCGGGGCUGCUGAGCCGCGCGCGCUCGGAGGCCGGGCCCGCGGCGCCGCCAUCCCCGCGCCCCGCGGCCGGCUCCGGCGGAAAAAGUUUCUCCAUGCUGCCUUUGUGUCGCCCGAGCGCUCCAUCGCCGGCCCUGAGCUGCCCCGGGCUCCCUGGCAGGAGGAUGUGGCGGAGCAGCUAGCGGGCAGCUGGCCCCCUCCCUGCACCGGCCUCCGCCCCCGGGGCCAGCCCCGCACGCUCCCCGCGCGCCAUGAUCGCCACCGGCGGCCUGCUGAGGAUCUCCGCCCGGAAGCAGGACCCCCUGCGCCCUCCGGGCCAGGCGCCCAAACGCAAGCGCAAAGUCCAGAGGAGGCGCAAGAACGACGUGGUGGUGGUGAAGGGCAAGCUCAAGCUGUGCUCCAUCUCGGGCCUCAUCGCCCUGUGCGGGAUCCUGGUGCUGCUGGUGGGCAUCGCCAUGGCCGUGGUGGGUUACUGGCCCAAGGCCAACGGGGCCGGUCGGGAGGGUGGCAGGCAGCUGCCCCCCACCAGCAGCGGCCACCGCGGCGCCUCCACCGCGGCCAAUAACAGCAGCAGCAGCGGCAGCAGCAAAAGCCGGGCCCAGGGGCCCCCCGGGCCGGGGAGGGGCCGCAACGCCAGUUCCUCCGCGGGCGCCGCCCCGUCCCCGCCCUCCUCCACAUCGGUGGGGUUCUUCUUCCGCAUCUUCUCCGGCUACCUGAACUCGGACAAGCUCAAGGUCCUGGGGCCCCUCAUCAUGGGCAUCGGCAUCUUCCUCUUCAUCUGCGCCAACGCCGUGCUGCACGAGAACCGCGACAAGAAGACCAAAGUCAUCAACCUGCGGGACCUCUACUCCACGGUCAUCGACGUGCACAGCCUGCGCGCCAAGGACCUGGCCGCCGCGGCGCCCCCCGGGGCCGCCCCCCUCAAUGGCUUCCUGGGCUGCGUGCAGGCGCGGGGCCUGGAGCUGAAGCCCGGGAGCUGCAUCGGGGGCGCCGGGGACGCCUUCGGGGCGGCGGCGAUGCUGGCCCGGGGCUCCUGGCCGCACCCCGCGGACCGCCGGGCCGGGGACCCCGCGUCCCCCCGCUGCCCGCGGGAGCCCCCGAGCCUGGCGGAGGCGGUGUACAGCAUCUACCGGGAGCGCUCCGGGGUGGCCGGCCGGUGCCGGGCCUCCGCCGCCGCCACCGCCACCGCGGCCGCCGGCAGCAGCUGCAGCACCCCCGGCCCCUGCAGCCCCCGCGGGAGCUGGGGCCGCCAGAGCACCGCCAGCUCCCUCCUGGACUCCUCGCUGAGCGCCUUCGCGCUGCUGCCCUUGCAAGGGGACCGCGACGGGGACGGGGACCCCGAGGGCGCGAGCUGCAGCUGGCACAGAGCCCCCGGGGAGCGCGGCUCCGGGGAGAUCCCGCGGGACGAACUUGACCUGAGCUUGACCGACGACCUCCGCGGCGGCCCGGGGGGCGCGCGCUGGGCGCCCAGGCGGCGGCUGCAGGAGCCCGGGGCGCAGGGCGGGCCGCUGCCCAGGACCAGCAGGCAGGCGGCCCCGCGGCGCCGCAGCACCAACGGGCUCCCCGACCGCCAGGCACCCCUGUCCCCGGAGCCCUCGCCCGCCCCGCGCUGCAAGGACCUGGAUGCCGCCCCUUCGCCCGCUUUGGACCUGGAGGGCUCGCCCCCCGCCGGGCUGGGCUCACUCAGCUCCCAGUCCGAGGACCUCUCCUGCAGCCAGCAGGGCUACACGCCCCUGCGCGAAGCUGGCACCUCCUUGGAGUCCGUGGUGGACGCAGGAGCCAGGAAAAGUCCAGACUGUGAGGCCACUGCCAACCCGGGCCCUGUGGAGCAGAGCCCAACAGAGACCGUGCGGGAUGGCGCCAGCCCAGGGCCGUCCAGGGGCCAGUCCCCCCUGGCAGGGCAGAGGCAGUUUACUGAGAAACUCUGCAAGGUUUCCGGGUCUCAGGCCACGGGGGUAGAGGUCGGAGAACUGGAAAGCACUGGCGAUUAGCUGGGGAAGGAGUGAGAAGAUGGACUCACCGCCUUUCUUUGUGGACCUACCGGAGGAGAUCUGCCAAAGAGUUGCAGAAUGUCAUCCUGGAAUGGUGUUCACAGAUUCCUUAGAUACUCCAAGCAAUUUUUUUUAAAGCAAACUAGUCUCCUAUGGCCGAUGGUGAUUGUAUGUUCCAUGAAAACCAAAUGUAUUAAAAGGUCAGCGAUCUAGUUCACUAGAUAAAAUGCUCUUAAUUUUCUUAGGGCCAAAAUAAUAUAUUUUUUACAGUAACUGUGCACUUUAACUUCUUUUUUGAGUCCCUGAUUCCCCUCACCCUGUAUUCUGCUGCUGGUGUUGUCCUUAGCCGCUUGUGAAUGACAAGCUUUUUUUUUCUCCUGCGCUUUUGCGGAUCAUAGAGGAGGAUUUGAUUCAGAACAGACAUGACUAGAUGAAGUCAAAGCCAACAGCAUGAGUAUGUCAGGAAAGAGCACUUCCUUACCCCACCCCACUCUGCUCACCCAACUGCCCAAAGGCCUCUCUAUUUUUUAAAAGGAUAUUUACAUUUUGCUACCAGGGUUGCUAAUGGCGAGGGAGGGGGCCGGCUUCUAGUUGGACUGUUACAUUCCGAAAUUCACUAUAUCAAGUAGUACACGAUACUUCAUUGAGUACCAUCACACCUGUAUUGAAAAUAGCAUUACUAUUAAAAAUCUUUUUUAAUAAAAAAAAAAGUUUCCAAACAAACAAAUACAAUAUCGCCUCAUUUUGCCUUGGAACUAAUGCAAACACAAACAUUUAACAGUUUGACUAAUAAAUCUAAAAUAUUUUGCUAAGAUACAGCUACUAGGAUUGUAGUUAUUGUCCCCAAAGUGCUCAGCGCCAUCAUCGCUCAAAUAAUUUCCAGUUACAUAGAGAUAGUAUUGACCAUUUAGGAGUUUCUCUUUCAAAUAGAAUUAAGCGUUAAAUACAUAGUAAUUAUUAAUUAUGCUUCAAGUUUACCUCAAAGUAUUAAUUUACAAAGCACCAGGCUUAAUAUCCUGUUUCAUCCUCUUGGAAUUGACUAAAAGUUCAUAAUCUCGUUGUUGUUAAUCCUCACUUGAGGAUAUUUUUCCAUUGAUUUUUAGAGAGAAUGGAAGGGAAGGAAGGAAGGGGUGAGGAACGAGAGAGAGAGAGAGAGAGAGAGACACCAAUGUGAGAGAUACAUCAAUUGAUUGCCUCCCAUACACUCCCUGACCAAGGCAGGGAUCCAACCAAAACACAGGCAUGUUUUGACUGGGAAUUGAACCUGAGACCCAGCUGAUGCUCUAACCAUUGAGUAUACCAGCCAGGGCCAACUUCAUAUUCUUGAAUCCCAUGGUCUACAUAGACUAAAAGAUAAUGUUUGAAUAAUAUGGUAGGUUUUUUACACUUGAUUUUAUUAAAAGCCAGUGAGUUAAUUUUUAAGACUAUGAGCUAUUAUUAGGAAUGGUGUCAUUGUUUUUCGGCCCCUGGAUACAAGUUCUGCGGUUGCACACAGCCAAAGCUCUCAUUGCAAGAGAUUAAAAUACUGAUUUUAAAGGAAAAUUCAGUCAAAGAUGUGGUCAUGUGGGUCCCCAGGGGUGUGAGACUGGCCCCCAGCUUUCGUCCUUGGCUAGCUGCAUCGCUUUGAAAGUCACCGUGCUGAGUCUCAGUCAUUUAUCCAUAAAAUGGAAGAAACUGGACAUAUCUCAUAGAGCUAUGAGGUGGGGGACAAAGAGUUGUAAGUAUAGAGCUGAGCAGAAUACUUGGCUCAGAGUAUGUACUUAAUAAGUGGUGGUUAUUGUUAUUACGAUUAUAAUAUGUUGUCUGAACGCAUGCAAUCGAAGAGUGGGACAUCCCUCAAGCUGAGCUCAAGAAAGCCUCUGCUAAGAUCUAGACUAUCCCCUUAUUCUCCAUAACCUUAGCCAAAUCUCUUACCCCCUCUGGGUCUCUGGUGGAUGAUGUAAUCUCUAUGAAAGCCUUCGGCUCUGAAAGCUUUACCUAAAUUCAGGGUAUUUGUUUUGUCCAGAAUAUAAUCAUAUCAUGUUUGUACACACAACUUUGCGGUGAAUAUACUUAAUAAACUAUUAUUUAUUGUAA